UCACAGAAGGCUGAAGGAGGCUUGGCUCUCCGGCAGCUGGAUAGCGACAUGACACACACGUGAACUACCCACCACUACUGACCGAACCCCGUCCUCCGUGGACGCCGGUACCGCUGCCCCGGUGUCGUGACAGCUGCACGGAACCUUUUUUUUUUUUUUUUUUUUUGUUGUUGUUGUUGUUGAAUGACUUCUUACCGCUACAAUGAUGGAGUCCAUUUUAGACACUUUGACAGCAGACAAACUCUACUCGUCCGGAGGCACCAACCUGUUGGACCUGGAGGAACUCAACGACGGAGAUUUCCUCACCAACGUGCCCUUCUCAGGAGACCAGAUGGACGACUUCAGCAGUGAAUUAUUCAGCAGUUUCUUUGAGGACCACCUGUUAGAGCGCCCCCUGCUGGCCGACAGGCAUUCCCUCCUACACAUGGACAUGGACAGCAGCCCAGACAUCCAAGCAGAGCACAGCUAUUCUUUGAGUGAAGACUCCGCCCCCCAGAGCCCCGCCCUGUCAGUCAAGAUGGACGAAGACUCUGAGUUUGAAUGGAACUUCAGUCAGGACCUGUCUGCCAUUUUAGUGAAACAGGAGGAGCCAGACGUGGGUCAGAGGUCAGAUCCGCAGCCUGUUGAAGGCCCAGCUUUUAUUCUAAGCCCCGCCCCUCCGCGAAGAGCAUCACCAUGGAGACACACAGUGCGCAGUCUGGACGACGUCAAGCCCGUGGCUAUCAAAGAUGAACCCAAAGAGAUGGGACAAUACCUCAGCCUGCCCAGUGAUGACGCCCUCCAGCUGCCACCCACCCCGCCAAGCAGUAACCACGGCGACAGUGAUGGUUCCCUACCACCUUCCUCCCCGCUCCUCCCUCUGCCUCCGUCUUCCCCGCAGCCCCAACAGAGGCCAGCGGGUCGUGGCUCCUUGUCCUCCUCCUCAUCUACAGCCAUCUCGUCUUCCCCUCUACUAACCGCACCGCACAAGCUGCAGGGUUCCGGACCCCUCAUGCUGACGGAGGAAGAAAAGCGGACUCUGGUCGCUGAGGGAUAUCCUGUACCCAACAAACUUCCUCUCACUAAGAGUGAAGAGAAGGCGCUGAAGAGAGUCAGACGGAAGAUAAAAAAUAAGAUCUCAGCUCAGGAGAGUCGGAGGAAGAAGAAAGAGUAUGUGGAAUGUCUGGAGAAAAAGGUGGAUAACUAUACGUCAGAAAAUGGUGACCUGUGGAGAAAAGUGGAAAACCUGGAGACUGCGAACAGGACUCUCCUACAGCAGCUUCAGAAACUGCAGUCGCUUAUUUCAGGGAAGGUUGUCCCACGCUCUUGUAAAAUGGCCUCAACUCAAACAGGGACGUGCCUCAUGAUGAUGGCCUUGUGUUUUGUCCUGGUAUUGGGCUCCUUCUCUCCUCGCCUCUCCUCCCUCUCUUUCAUAACUGAUGCCACAUCCUCCUCCAUACAAGCCCCUUCCCCUCCCUCCACCCAGUCAGAGGACCUAUAUACCACCACUCAGGUCCGAUCCCGAAGCCUCCUCUUCUACGAUGGAGGAUCUCCACUAGAGGAUGCACCAAAGACAUUACUAGUGGAGAGGAUAGAGUCACAAAGUAGCUUUCAGACGAGCCGCUACACAGCUGAUGCUCACAGGAACAACACAACCGGGCCCAAGUUGGACCACAGAGAAACGAAACCAAAGGAGGUUUCAGAAUUCUUCUGACAGACAACCUGAAGCAUCAUUCCCGUCACAUCCCAGAAGAUACCGACUGCAAUAGCCGCCCCCUCAAACUUCAUUGCAGCCACUCCUUACACAAAGUUUACCUGCCCGUAUUUAUUAUGAUAAUGUAACUUUGAGUUGAAGUGAAUGACAUCACAGAUCUCAUUCAUGCAAGCACGUAUGGACCUCCACUGUGGGUUUUUUUUUAUUUCAACUUGUGCAUUCCACUGACACCCACCAACAUGUUUUAAACGAGGCAUGUUGGUGUCCUUCUACACAGGAAGUCAUUUAAGUGCCUUCCACUUGCGUUUGACCACUUGGCCUUAAAUAAAAGGCUUAGGGAGACAACCAAAUAACCCCUCUAAGGAUUAGAGCAUUUUAACAGACCAGUUCAUCUAUGUGUGAGGUCUACUCAACUUGAAUUCAAAAAUUACAACC